UAUUAAAACUGUUUACGGACCGGUUUACGACAUUUCUAGUUGUUCACCUACUUUUACCGUAGCACAUAUUGUAGGAAUUUAAAGCGCUGUACGUAUAAAGUCUGGAAUUUGAAAGAUUGUAGGGUCCGAUCCACCUGGAGAGUUUGCGGCCACACGUUGGGUCGUUUUUAUCACGCAAUACUGCGUAGCCUGUCGACGGAGGUGCACCGGCACUGGAACGCGCGUACAACUGCUUCCCACAUACACUGUUUUCGCAAUAUGCCUGUAUCUUUCCACCGGCCAAUAAGUCAACUCAUUAUCCUCCAGAGGGGCGGUCACUCGGCGCAAUCCAUUGUUCUUGAGCGCACAAAUGCAUUGCGGAUUUCAGUUUCACUAUUUAAUAGGCCCAUUUGCUUUUAGUUCUUUUUCUUUGCUUUGCUGUUGCAGGUUGGCUAGGUUGCACUUUCUUACAAAGACUUGCGAUUUUUGAUACCCAGUUGGGAGUUUAUAAAAAUACCUAGUUGCCCUUUUGAUCAAGCCCUUCUUUCCAUCCUGAUCAUGUUUAAAAUGAUCUCUUUUACGCUGGAGAAACUGCAGUCAUCGCUGUCAACGUCAUUAGUUCGCAUGGUCCAAGUCACUACCUGGAUAGUUACUACAUGCGGUUUGGAGAAAGCCCUUUUAUCCGUAAUAGAGCGUAUCUCCAUAAGGAGCCGAAAUAAUUUGUCGGAGAGUGACGGACUCGUUCAUCGCCGCCGUACCACAAAGGAUGCCCGCCAUAAGUUGCGGAUGGUGUUUCCCGAGAAUCUCUUUGAUAUAUUGCGAUUUGGGAAAGAGCUAUCAGAUAACGGCCCGUGUCUCGGUUAUCGUCCCGCUAAGGAUGCGCCGUAUGUCUACCUGCACUACGACGAGGUCAUCCAACGGGCACGCGAUUUCGGUGCGGGAUUACUGCAGCUGGGAAGCCGGAUCGGUGAUGACUGUCUGGUAGGAUUGUUCGCCAAGACAUCGGUGGAAUGGACGGUGGCAGAGUAUGGAUGCCUGGCCUACGGGAUGGUGACCGCGCCCUUGUACGAAUCACUGGGCAGUGAAGCCUGUUUUCAAGUGACAGAAUUCUAUGAGAUUGAAAUCAUGGUCUGCGGCGGUUACUCGCAAGUGGUCGCACUGCUGGGCAACGGUCAGUUUCCCGCCACAUUGCGCACCAUUAUCACCAUUGAACCUCUGCCGGACAAUCGGAUUGCUGAGAUCGAGGAUCGUGGUGUCAAAGUCCUGAGCAUGGCGGCAGUGGAGGAAUCAGGCCGUCAAAACCCUUGUCCCGUCCGUCCUUCCAAACCAGAUAGUCUGGCUACACUGAUUUUUACCAGUGGGACCACAGGAAUGGCAAAAGGCGUUAUGGUGACACACCGGCAGUUUAUUCUGUGUUUAAAGUCGUUGCUGCAAAGCUUUAUGCCACUGAAAUUUACACCGGCCGACACCGGUCUGGGUUUCCUGCCGUUACCGCACAUUUUCGAGCGUCUAGUGGAAAAACUCUUGCAUGUGCACGGCGGAAAAGUGGGAUAUAUUAGCGGCGAUAUUACGUCACUGUUCAAAGAUGCCAAGGCCGUCCAACCAACCGUGUUCCCGUUUGUCCCGCGACUCAUGACCCGUAUACACGAUCAGGUUCAAGUGGAUAUGCGCCGAUCGGUGUGGCGUUCCUUGCCGGCGCAGAUCGGCUUAGCGUUCAAAAAGCUAGAAAUGUAUACCGGGAUUUUUCGUAAUGAUUCCCUCUGGGAUCGCCUGAUUUUUCAACGUUAUCAAAGUAUGCUGGGAGGGAAAAUUCGCGUAGGUGUGACCGGAUCGGCGGCCACCGAUGGGAAAAUUCUGAAUUUUAUGCGUGCGGUUUUUGGAUGCUAUGUAUUCGAAGUGUAUGGCCAGUCGGAAUCCUGCGGACCAAUAACGUGCACUCCGUACGGAGACAUGUCCGCUGACCAUGUUGGGGUGCCCUUUUAUGAUGUGGAGGUCAAAUUGGUGGAUGUACCGGAAAUGGGUUAUUAUGCUGUUGAGGGGAAAGGCGAAGUUUGCUCACGUUCUGGAUUUAAUAUGGCGGGCUACUUUAAAAUGCCCGAGAAAACUGCCGAGGCUGUUGACAGCGAUGGAUGGCUUCAUACCGGUGACAUUGGAAUGUGGUUACCGAACGGAAACCUGAAAAUCUUCGACCGGAAGAAGCACGUUUUCAAAUUAUGCCAGGGCGAGUAUCUGGCACCGGAACGUCUGGAAAGCGCUUUCAGUCGGUCAGAUUCGAUAACGAACAUUUUCAUCGAUGGGGACAGUCGCUAUCCCUACUGCGUCGCUUUGGUCUAUCCCAACUACGAAGCAUUCGCAAAUGGCAAAGAUAAAACACCGCUGGAGGUUGUGAAGAAGUACAUUACGGACGAAUUGCAGCGCAUCGGGAAAGAAGCCAAGUUUAAAUCCUAUGAGAUUCCGCAAAAGAUUCACAUCCUGACGGAAGCGUUUUCCGAGGAGAACGGCUGCGUGACGCCGUCGCAAAAGACGCGCCGCGAAGGGGUUCGCAGCAGAUACCGCGAAGUCAUUAGCGGAAUGUACCUGAGCAGUUAGACUGUCCCUCUUAAGCGAAGUUGUCCAGAAUGUAAAAAAUGAUUGUUGAUUAGGCAUGCUUCUUUGUACAGGCAAAAACCAUUAGUUGUGACCAUUUUAAUUUUUUUGUUAUUUCUGUUCUGUAUACCGUACAUACUACAUAUCGAUGAUUGAGUGGUUGUUGAAAAAUCUUUUGCGGUGGUAUUGUUGAGUAAAUCUGUCGGCUGUUACGCAUCUGUAUUAAAG